AUGACUGAUCUGCCCCCGUUUGUGCCCACGAAAGAGUUCAAGUACUCCGCGCCGCCAAACCCUGGGUGGACGUAUGGACAGGGGAUCGAGGCGACAGAGGACGGUAGAGCUUGGGCAGAAGGGGAGAAGGCGGGCUGGAAGGUGGUGGAUAUCUCAAAGGAGGACCCGCGGCAAGUGUACGCUGUCUUACUUUCAGGCAUCCUGCCUCGUCCAGUCGCGUUCGUUUCCUCUCUAUCCAAAGACGGCGUGGAAAAUCUCGCACCCUUCAGCUGGUUCAACGAAGUCAGCUCUCGACCUGCUGUGCUCUCUUUCUCCUGCGCGUACACCGCGCAAGGCGCGAAGGACACUGCACAGAACGUGCGCGACACGAAGGGCUUUACGGUCAACAUUAUCAGCGAGCCGUGGAUCGAGCAGGCUAACAUCUGCUCGAUUGACACCCCACCCGAUGUCAGCGAAUGGGCAAUCAGUGGCCUCACGAAGGCACCAAGCAUUCAAGUCAAAGCCCCACGGGUGAAGGAGAGCGCUUUUAGCAUGGAAUGCGAGUUCUCCAACUUAACCCAGCUCCUCCAAGCAAUUGACAUCACUGAGCCCUCCACAGGCGAGAUCACAGCAACGCUCAUCCUCGGCACGAUCAAGUACAUUCACAUUCGGAACGAUGUUGUAGACCCCGCUCGCGGCGUCGCAGACCCAAGCAAGCUGCGUCCCAUCGCACGUAUGGGUGGCGUUACGUACGCCAAGGUCUCGGAUGGUUAUGCGCUCCCUCGGGAGUCUUGGAAGGAGAAAGAGAAAGAGAUCAGGAAGGUGUUGGGGAGUGCUAUUGGGGGAAAUGAAAGAGGAAGUGCACUGUGA